ACCGAUACCAAGCCUUGAGUUAAAGGUUGAGAUCUGUUGGCAAUGCCCACAAAGCUCGUUGGGCAGCGGUGCGCUGGUGCGUAAACGCGCGUGUCCAAUCCACUGCUACGCGUGUCCAUAAAAACGUGCUGCACAGAACGGAGCGUGGACCAUAAAGUGCAGCUCACAUGGAGACAGAGACGUAGAGAGACUGAGAGUGGGACAGAUCUCAGCUCAUCUCUUUCAAAAGCGCAAACGAUUCCGAAACUUACAACAGGGUUUCUUCGGAGUACCAGGAAUGUUUUAACAUCUUUGUUUUUUCCCCGCUUUCUCUGAUUCUAAUUUUGUGUUGUGUUUUAGAUCUCUGUGGUGUCUGAACUGUUUAAUCCGGACAUGUGGAGUAUGAAACUACAAGUGUUAACACUGAGCACCGAGCGGAUACGAUGAGCUUUGGCGAUGCAGCACAGCCUGGGAAUGCGCGAUGAUAUUACGGAGCGCAACGCAAGUUUUCUGCUCAACAAAAGCGCGAACCACUCAUGGGCUGACAUCCCGGAACGAAGCGACUUGGUGAGCGAUGGCUCAGCCGUUCUGCGCAUCCUCAUCUCCACUAUUUACUCGGUCGUGUGCGCGCUCGGUUUGGUCGGUAACCUGUUAGUGCUGCACCUCAUGAAGUCUAAACACGCGUGGAAAAAGUCGUCCAUUAACCUGUUCGUGACCGGGCUUGCGGUGACCGACUUCCAGUUCGUGCUCACGCUGCCGUUCUGGGCGGUGGAGAACGCCUUGGAUUUUACGUGGCCUUUUGGCAGGGCGAUGUGCAAGAUCGUCUCGUAUGUCACAGCUACCAGUAUGUACGCCAGCGUGUUUUUCCUGACUGCCAUGAGUGUGGCGAGGUACCGCUCCGUAGCGUCAGCGCUUAAGAGCGGACGCAGGCGCAAGCGCCCGUCUGCGCGCUGCGUCAGCGCCUUGAUCUGGACGACAGCAGUCGUGGCCGCGUUGCCACAUGCCAUUUUCUCCACCACAGCCACUGUGUCCAACGAGGACCUGUGCUUGGUUAAGUUCCCGGAUCGCAACGGCGACGCGCAGUUCUGGCUAGGUCUCUAUCACCUCCAGAAGGUGCUACUCGGUUUUCUGGUGCCUUUUGGGAUCAUCUCAGUGUGCUACCUGCUACUGCUGCGUUUCGUAACCCACAAGCGUGCCAACGCGUCGGGCGCAAGAAGGCGCUCCAAAGUGACAAAAUCCGUAACCAUCGUGGUGCUGUGCUUCUUCUUGUGCUGGCUGCCUAACCAGGCAUUGACAACUUGGGGUAUCCUGAUUAAGCUGAACGCCGUGCACUUCAGCUACGAGUACUACACGGCGCAGGUUUACGUGUUCCCCGUGACCGUGUGCCUAGCGCACUCCAACAGCUGCCUCAACCCGCUGCUCUACUGCCUCAUGAGGAGAGAGUUCAGGAGAGCGCUCAAGGAGCUCUUUUGGCAGAUCGCAUCACCCUCCACUACAAACACGCGACCCUUCACAGCUUGCAGCAAACCAGAUCCCGAGAAACAGGCGCGCUCUGUACUGCCACUCAGCACACCCGACCCUGGCCUUGUCUUCUACCCACCAGGGGUUGUGAUGUAUAACGGGAGAAAUGACCUACUGCCGAACAGUACGUAGACUAUACACAAAAACAAAACAGCUAAAAUGUUCUUGGAAGAUGUUUUAAGCGUUAUUGUUGGUUGACAACUGUAUUUGAACUUGAACUCACAGUGGCUGCAUGGGGGACAUUUCAACACGUUUAACUGCAUGUCAUAAGUAUCCAAAUUCACACAGGCUCCAGAAAUAUAUUGUCAUAUUUACAGAUAAACAACAAGGUUUUAUUUAGUUGUGUGUUUAGUUGUUUAUCUAUCUAUCUAUCUAUCUAUCUAUCUAUCUAUCUAUCUAUCUAUCUAUCUAUCUAUCUAUCUAUCUAUCUAUCUAUCUAUCCAUCUAUCUAUUGGAAAUUACAUUACAUUUUCUCUUAAUUUAUACUAUCAAUUGUUUGCAAUUAAAAGCCAAUAAUAAAUUAAUUAUAAUUUUUUAAUUCCACAGAGCCCACAUUACAGGUGUGUACAGUGUGUCCAUGUGUCAGCUUGUGGCUUUAAUCCAUGUGUUCAGCUCAGUAUUGUGUAUUAAAACACAAUCAAGAUGUCCAUGAGUUAAUCAAUGUGUUUUUAAAAACAACUAUUAUUAUUUCAAACACUGAAAUAAAGCAACUAUAUAUUAA